GUUCGUUCUCAUUUUGAUAGCUACUACGAUCACAUUCAAUUUGGUUGAUUAGAAUGUUCCAACGACGACGGCCUGACCAUGACCCGGUCAUUGUUCAUGUUUGUUCUUCCUCCUGAAAUUGAUGUCAUUCUGAUGAUCUUUUUGUCAUUUUUGUUGUCAACUUUUUGAAUUGCUGAUUUUUCUUUCAAAACUGGAUGAUGGACGAUUUUGUGGUAAAAAUAAACAACGAAGGCAAAUGUAUUCUUAUUACGAUUUGCCAAAUGCUAUCUCAGCAUAUUGAUGGAGCCGUUGAAUGCUUCAAUGAUAAUUUUGAUGUUUUUGAUUGUCCCUCAACCGUAUUGGCUUUCUUUCAUCAAGAUCCGCAGGCGUUUUUCAUUGCCAUUGAAAAUGAAUCCCAAAAAGUGAUUGGAGUAUGCGGUGCGCCUCGUUGUUCACAACAAACCAAUUUUUUAGGCCUUUAUGGCAUACGACCAGAAUAUCGAUCACACGGUAUAGGAUCCAUAUUAUUUGAACAAUGUCUGAACCAUAUUCAAGAUCAUAAUGUUGGUCUUUAUGCCGUACCGAAUAUGAUUCAAAAAUAUAUAACAAAAAGAGGAUUUCGUAUCCGAGAACAUGUUUCGAUGGUCAAUUUUUCGGGAGUACCUAAGAGAAUUUCUCAAUCCAAUCGCACAAAUAUCCAGAUCAUCCAAUUAUGCACUGAAAAUAUCGAAAAAUUUCAAGAAAAAAUCAUCAAGUAUGAUGAAAAGAUUCAAGAUACCUCUCGAGAAAAAUUGAUUAAAUUCAUAUUACAAGAUCAAUCUUAUAGAACCUGUAUGGCAUUAGAUUCAAAUGACUUUUCAAUUCAAGGUUUCGGUUGUCUUCGACAACAUUCAAUCACCAAACGAUUUUAUUUGGGUCCAUUAUACUCGGAUGAUGCUGAUUCUGCCCAAUUGUUAAUAGAAUCAUUAAUCGAAACUAAUUUCAGUUCAAUCCAAGCUAAUGGGAUGAUCUGGAAUGCCAUCGACGCGAAUCAGAUUUCAUUAGAUCUUGCAAAAAAAUUUGACCUCCAAGAGAUCGAACGAUGUGAACGAAUUUUCACAAAACAUCCGAUUAGAGCCAACUAUCAAUUCAUUUAUUCAGUUUUCUCUCCAGAUUUUUCUCUUUAAGGAAGUGUUACUAUGAUCGAUUAAAUUAUGUUAUUGGUUUUCGAAUUUUAACCACAAACUAAUCAUUUUUAUAUCGGUGUGAUGUUCAUAUUUAUUUUAUUACAAUUCAAAAUGCCAGCACCGCCAGUGAGUGCGUUGUCCCAAUUGAAAACAUUAGAUUC